AUGACUUCUCUUGGAGUUCUUGACUUGUCUCACAACAACUUGAGUGGAAUCAUUCCCCAUUGUUUGGGAAAUUUAAGCGACAGUCUUUGGAUGUUGAAUCUACGGAUGAACAAAUUUCAUGGAAUCAUUCCUCCAACAUUUACAAGGGGAUGUCAAUUGAAGAAUCUCAACUUAAAUGGCAAUCAAUUAGAAGGGCCUUUAACACGAUCCACCCUUAAUUGUAGAGGUCUGGAACUGCUAGAUCUUGUUGACAACAAGAUCAAUGAUACAUUUCCUCAUUGGUUGGGAAGUCUUCCUGAGCUACGAGUUCUUGUAUUGAGGUCAAAUCAACUACAAGCAAUGAUAAAUCUCACAGAAAAAGAAAGUGUAACGCAAUACUUGGGGGAGAUUCAUUUUGAUGGUGUUAAAUCUUGUAGCUAUUCCAUUGAAAUUACAAUCAAAGGAGUAACGAGGGAAGUGGUUAAAAUUUUCAUCAAGUUAAUGAGCAUUGACCUUUCAAAUAAUAAGUUUCAAGGAGAUAUUCCAAAGGUUAUUGGAAAGCUUAACUCACUUAAAGGGCUUAACCUUUCUCAUAAUAAUCUUAGUGGAUGUUUCCCCAGUUCAAUAGGGAAUUUGAUUAAUCUUGAAUGGCUGGACCUCUCUUCAAACAAGCUGGUUGGGACAAUUCCAGAGAGAUUGCUAGAUUUGACAUCUCUUUCUGUCUUUAACGUUUCUGAAAAUAAUCUUGAACGUCAUAUUCCUCAAGGCAAACAAUUCAAUACAUUUGGAAAUGACUCGUAUGAAGGAAACAAGGGAUUAUGUGGAUUUCCAGUAUCUAAAGGUUGCAACAAUAGCGAGCCACCACCUUCGAACUUGCUGAAAAAGGAUGGAUCAAUAUCGAACAUUGCUUUUGGCUGA